UGUUGUUUGCUUGUGUUGUGAUGUGUGUUUUGUUUACAUCUUAUCUCUUAACAGUUUUGCAUUGCGAGCAAGCAGGAAACAGCUUGGCUUCACUGGGGACAGAUUAGACUGCUGCACUAUGUACUUACAUGCAUUGAAGACACAUGUGGCAAUACGCCAGUAGAGGAGAGCCGUGCCAGUCGCCAGUCUCACUUUAGCAGUUGGUCUGGACUUUGGUGAUAGGAUAAAGCUGCCACAAUCGACUCCUAAACAUGUUUGAAGGAGUUGUUGCCAGUUUGCUGAACAAGUACCUGGGAAAGUAUAUCCAGGACUUGGAUUCGGAGAAUCUCAAUGUUGGCAUCUUUAGCGGCGAUGUCGAGCUGUACGACCUGCGACUGAAGCCUGAAGCCCUGGCCGAGUUGAAUUUGCCGAUUGAAGUGAAAGCUGGCUUUGUAGGCAAAUUGACAUUGACGAUUCCAUGGACGCAGCUGUACACAGCACCGGUGAUAGUUGCAGUCGAGGAGCUGUUUGUGCUGGCGGGCCCGACCACGGACAGGGAAUACGAUGAGGCCAAGGAGAAGCAGUUGGCGCGGGCUCACAAGCGAGUUAUUCUCGACAGACUGGAGGUUCUCCCCACAGAAGAAAGAGACCCGACGUUUCUCGAGAAGUUAGCUGCAACAGUGAUCAACAAUCUACAGAUCUUCAUCCGUAACAUUCACAUCCGGUAUGAGGACACUGUCACUGAGCGUAAGAGUCCCUUGGCAGUGGGAAUCACGCUCCACAAUCUUUCGGCUGAGACGACAAACUCCAAGUGGAAGAUCACGCAGAUCGAAUCAGAGGCGACGUCCAUCUAUAAGAUUUUAAAGCUGGAAGAGCUGACGAUGUACUGGAUGCCGCUGGUCGCACACGACCAGCUGCUCUCUACUGUCACUGACGUCACCUACUGGAGGGAGCUCAUGCGCCAGUCCCUCGUCACCCACGCCUUUGAAGGGGAGAAAUUUGAUUUCGUGCUGAAGCCACUCUCAGCCGUCGCUAAAGUGAUCAUGAACAAGAGUGAGGACACCAACGUUCCGAAGCUACUCGUAGAUUUCGUCGUGCCCGACAUGUCUUUGUCGAUCGGGCGGCAACAGUUCCUGUCACUGGUGAGUGUCUUGGAAUCGUUCCAAAUGAUCGAAGUCAACCGACAGUUUAGACAGUAUCGGCCAAACGUACCUCCACCUCAUAACUCUGCAAAGUGGUGGCACUACGCCUACAACAGCAUAGUCAACGAGUAUAUCAGGCCGUACAGCUGGGAACGAAUACGCCAACAUCGGGCACGCUACCGGCAGUACAAGGAGCUGUACAAGCAGCGGCUGCACCGCCUCAAGGACACCGAGCUGCUUGUCGACCUGCAGCGGCAAGAGGACCAGCUCGACGUGCCCAACAUCCUGAUGGCGCGUGAGCAGGCCAAGCUUGAGAUGAGCCGCACCUCGCCGCAUCGUGUCCGCCGCGUCCCGCCGAAGCCCGCCGCGUCGUCCUGGUUCGGAGGAGGAGCCGAGGAGGAGGAGGAGGAGGAGGGGGAGGGAGGGGAGGUGUAUGUUCCGGCCGAGGUCGAGUCGGCCGCGCUCUGGUCGAAGCUGUCGCCGGAGGAGAAGCAGGUGCUGUGCACGGCGAUCGGCUACGCGGGCGACUGCGACGCGGCGGCGGCAGUGCGUGGCGCGCGGCCCGCGCAGUACAUCGAGCACAAGGUGAACCUGACCGUCGCGAACUGCACGGUGGCGCUGCUCAACCGCGGCAAGGACAUCCUCGUGCUCUCCUGGUGCAACCUGCUGUGCAGCCUCGAGAACCGGCCGGCGGCCGACGCCUACCGCAUCUCGGCGAGGACGGAGAGCUUCCUGGUAGAGGGCGCUUCAAUCGAGCACGACCUGGUGCCGGUGCUGACCGCUGACAACACGGUGGGCACCAAGGGAAACAGAGCACCACACGUGUUUUCUCUGGACCUUGAGGCUAAGCCCACUCACGUGCAGGCCGAUUUCGCUGUCAGUCUGCUUUUGGAACCAGUGGAACUUGUCUAUCACGAGCACGCGAUGUCAGAGCUUGUUGGCUUCCUGCAGCUGCCAACGCUCGCGCUGUCGGAGGUCAGAGAGACGGCUGCAGGCAUCGCUAAAGAGGCUGUCCACUACACGAAGGCGGGACUGCUCUAUGCAAUCGAGACUCACAAGACUGUGCACUUUUCUGUGGACAUCAAGUCUCCGUAUUUGGUGAUUCCAGAGUAUGGAACAUUGCAGAGGGGAGGCACUGUUCUCGUAAUAGACAUCGGUCGGUUGAGGCUGGAUAGCCAUCUCCAGCCAAAGAAUGCUUCACUUGAGGAUGCAACCAUGACAGAGAUAGAAGAACGUUUAUAUGACAAGUUCAGUCUAAGCCUCUCCGGCCUACAGGUUCUCUUUGCUUAUCCUGGUGCGGACUGGCAUUCGGCUCAGCUGGAGCAGGAGUCUGAAAUGCAUAUUAUACCCAGCCUCAUUCUGCAGAUGAAUCUAUUCAACAGCAUCAAGCAAGAUGUCACUGCCAUGCCCAAGCAGAAGCUGUUCGUCACCGUGCCGGCGCUGAAGCUGAACGUGUCGGACGAGAAGCUGCUGCUACUGCUCGAAUUCCUGCGCAACAUCCCCCUGCCGAGCCUCAGCGGCUACGAGGACCUCGAUCUCACCGAGGUCGACGCCCCCUUGCGGGAGAUUCGUGAACCGUCAGUACUGUUGAAAAAGAACACAGACAUGAAGUACCAGCCUACGUUGCAACAGUUGCGGAAGAUGCGCACUGCCGUGCACUGCAACUCUGUUGCAUCAGGAAGAGACCAGCUGGAUCGGGCCAGAAGACGGAUGCCCGAGGAUUCGGGAGAACUGUUCUUCUCUUCAUCGGAUGUGUCGGAGGAUGAAGAAGAUAUUGGUGCUAAAGGUCAUGCUAUCGUUGAUGAGAGUGCAACCUCCAGCAACGCUGUUCAACGUCUUCUGAGGUUCGUGCUGGGUGAGUUUGUCGUGCAUGUGUCGCGCUCGGUGGCGCAUGCCGACAAGCCGUACUUAAUGCUGCGGGCGGACCGGCUGCGCAGCGACGUCGCGCUGAUGGCGUACGGCGUCGCCGUGCACGCGAGCCUCGGCGGCGUGCAGCUCGUCGACAAGAUCAACACGGGCUCGUCGGGCGAGUACCUCGAGAUGGCGAGCUCGCGCGGCAGCGAUGGCGAACUCAUCUCGGUCGUCUACAGACAGGUUCGCACCGACUGUCCGGACCUGAAAGAUGCGUACAACAAUACACUGCGGCAUCUGGCAGUGAGAUUCAACAGUCUGAGUGUGGUCAUUGACAAGACAGCCUCUAUGUACCUGCGUAGAUUCAUCCGAGGUCUAAAGAAGAAGGUAUUUGAGGAGAAGAAGGAGUUGCCCAUUACAUCACCUGCAGUGCCCCAACCAUCUGAGCUGCUGAAACUGAAAAAUGUGUCGUCGGCUAUAGUGCAGCUGAGUGCCAACAUACACCUCGCAGAUGUUGACAUGAAACUGUGCGACCAGAAAACAGAGUAUGCACAAGUCAGACUCGCAGGCUUUGAGGCAGGCAUCUCGUUGAAGAAAGCUCGCACGAGUGUGCACUUAAGCUUGGCUGGUCUUACCGUAAACUGCUGCCAGCCUGGAUCACUCUACCCUGAUAUCCUCACAAUGGAAGAAAACAGUAUAUUCGAUUUUAAGUACGUGAGUUACCACUCCCGUGACGUGAUCACCCGCAACCGGCCGAUUCCGGUCGACCACAAGCUUGACGUGAAGGUGGGGCGCGUGAGGGCCAUCUACCUGCACCGAUUCACCGUCGAACUCAUGAAUUUCUUCGAACCAUUUCUGACGAAAGAAGACGUGACGAGUGCAGUUGUGAACGUAGAGCAAACUGCUGCCAGGCAGGUAAGACUCGCCCGCACGACUCUAGCAACGUGCUUGAUCGGGCACAAGGGUGUCCUCAAUUUCGCCGGCAGCGUUGAGGUGGUGCACACUAUCCUGGAGCCAAUCAUGUUUGUAGUGAACAUGAAGCAUGGCUUGCCCCCCUACCAUCCGCAGGUUCUGCGAUGGGACGUCUCCGGCAAACUUGACCUCAUCAAGAUAAGCCUUCACCAUGAUGACUUGAAAACUUUGCUGGCCAUUCAAGCUGAGAAUUUUGCAGAAGGUUCAAAUAACAAUCGAGUGAUGUCACCCAGUCUUCGCCCCAGCAAGAAGCUAAAAAGAGAUGAUAUUGUCCAGCCAUCUAACAUGAUCAGUGAGGUCAUAACAGAUGACACUGAGGAGGAGCAAGAGGUUUACCAGCUGACAAAUGUCAAGCUGUCACUAGAGGGAAUUGACAUCACAUUGGUGGAAAACAGCGGGGAUUUAAUCAACUUGGAACCAGCAAGUGACUUCGGACAGAGUCUAGCACAGCUGGUCGUGGACAAGUUUGUGAUGUCAGCAGCUAACUUUAGUGAUUCUUCAGCCGAGGUCAAGUGUACAUUAGAGGCGAUCAGUCUUCUGGAUGUCAGACCGCAGGAGACCAUUGUGAUCAGGAAGAUAUUUUCCUCACACUCGGGUAAUAUGAAGUUUGACUCGGAAAUGAUCAAUGUGACGUGCCCUCCCAUGAUUGACCUCACCUUUAAGCAAUCCAAGGACAAGGAUAUGGUCUUUGAUCUUGUGAUGGAGAGAAUGAGGUGUAACAUUUCUGUGCCUUACCUGCUGGCCAUAGCAACGUUCUUUCAAAAGGCUCAACUACCAGCAUCCACUCCGGCGGCUGUUAUUACACCCGCGCCGAAAUCUAGCUUGGCUGGCGUGUCGAUGGCACAGAAAUAUUUCUCCUAUUAUCCUGAAGAGGGUGGCGGAAGUCUUGCAGUUUUUUGCAACCUAAAAAAGUCGGAAAUGGUGCUAUUUGCAAACCCAGAUGAAAGCCACAGCAAGAUAUUAGUUAUGCGAAUGGAGCUGAUGGUCGACUAUAGCAACAAGGCAACUCAGGAUAAUCUAGUGGCAUCUAUUGGAGGACUGGAGCUCCUUUGCUGCAACUACGCAAGCCGGUGUCCCGGGUACACGGUUCUGGAACCUUGCCAAAUUGAGCUGACACGCUGUAUCCUGUCAGAGACGAGUGGAGUCGAGAUGAAUGUGUCGCUCAGUGCUGUGAAUUUUCACCUGUCCAUGACAACCAUAACCAUAGUGACAGAUGUGCUCGCAUGCCUCAAUAGUGGCAAGGUGCGAUGGGGAUGGAGAAUUUCCAUCAUCACCCAAACCUUUGACAGCCACAGAUUCACCAGCAACAAGAAUCUUACCAUGUGGGCUGUGGUCGGAUGCUUCACGUGA